AUGUCUCCUCAAUUUCCUCCUACGCCUGCCAUGUCUGGUACAUUCACCAUCAAGGACCAGCCUGAUGGUUCCGAUGCGUUUACUUUACCUCCUGCGGCUUUAAGUCCCGCCAUCGAUCCGGCCAGUCGUCGGUCUUCCCGAUCGGAUCCUUCCUAUGUGCCGGCAUCACCUACGUCUCCCGAGCUGGCUGCUCAAGGCCGCAUGGCUCCUUCAUCUCGAUCCGCUGGUACCAAACGUUCACUCGAAGAGUUCGAUCUGCCACCACCCCCGACACGUACACGCAAGAUCAUUCAGAUGAAACCAAAGUCUCCUACCGUGUCCAAGUCACCAGCCAAGCCCAAGGAGAAUGGGAAGGCAUCGGCUCAAAUGUCUCCAGAGAAUGCAAACGCCUCAAAUACAAAGAAGAAGCCGAGUGCGACGAGUGCUGCGGGUCGCAAGAUUGCGCGUAAGACUGCCCACAGUUUAAUCGAAAGGCGGCGACGGUCCAAAAUGAAUGAGGAAUUCGGCACAUUGAAGGAUAUGAUCCCCGCCUGUCAGGGCCAAGACAUGCACAAACUCGCCAUUCUUCAGGCAAGCAUCGACUAUGUCAACUACCUGGAACAAUGUAUUCAAGAUCUCAAGAUGGCCGGCACUACUAACAGAGUCGCCCCACCGUCCCCCACAUCCCCGGAGUUCAUCGCCGAAACAGGAAUGGACCCUGUUCAGCAGCCUCCUAGACGACCUCCCUCCUCAGCCUACUCCUAUUCUGAAUCUGCUUCUGCUUCUCCCGAAUACAUGCCCCCGAGUGCUCAGAUGUCGGAUACUUCUCCUUCAUUCUCUCCCCGCACCCGAGUCCCUUCAGCCCCAACCUUGCCCGAUGCCCCGUCUGUCCUUCCCAGCCCGGCUCUGGGACCCUCAUAUAUGCCAAUAGACAAGCUCCCCGAGUUCCGGGGUAUGGAUCAUGAGGCGUCAGCUGCCUUGCUCAUGUUGACUCAGGACCGCCGGGGUACUGCCGACUCCAUUACCGAGCAUUUGCCCAACAGCACUAAGCUCAGCUCCUCCGAGGGGAGUAGAAGUGGGUCCGAGGCACAGCGGGGACGGGGAAUGAGUGUACGGGAUCUUCUCAUUUCAUGA